CUGGCUGUACUGACGCGCUGUGACUACUAAACACAAUCUGCAGUCUCAUUCUCCUCCCCCUCUGUCUCCCUCCUGCUGUAUUCCCACCUCUCGUUUCUGUCUUCCAGCCUCUUGACAUCAUAUCUACACUCAUCCUCUGCCUUCAUUCAGAUUAUUUAUCCAUCCAUCCCUCGGCUCUUCUUUGCUGUCUCUCUCUCAUCCUCUGCUCUCUUGCUGCUGCCUCACCCUAAACCCCUCCUUCUCUCUCAACCUCCUCCCCAUCCCUUUGGAGGUCUUCAGUGCUUCCCUGCACAGUGUUACACGUAGCAUAACACACUCCUCUCCUGCGUGGGAAAAAUGUCAACUAUUCUGGACCUGGACCAGAUUGCAUGCUCUGGGAAUGGAGUGGAGCAUGAUAUUGAGACCCCCCAUGGCGUCCUCCAUGUCACCAUGAGAGGUUUGCCCAAGGGCAACAGACCCGUCAUCCUCACCUAUCAUGACAUCGGCCUCAAUCACAAGUCCUGCUUCAACACCCUCUUCAACUACGAAGACAUGCAGGAGAUCACGCAGCACUUUGCCGUCGUCCAUGUGGAUGCUCCUGGACAGCAGGAGGGCGCACCUCCCUUCCCCAGCGGGUAUCGCUACCCCACCAUGGAUGAGUUGGCGGAAAUGCUGCCCUCCGUGAUGACUCAGCUGAAGGUCAGCAGCGUGAUUGGAAUCGGCGUGGGAGCCGGAGCGUACGUUCUCACUCGCUUUGCACUGAACAACCCGUCUCUGGUCGAGGGCCUGGUUCUCAUCAACGUCGACCCAUGCGCUGAGGGCUGGAUUGACUGGGCGGCUUCAAAGCUGACCGGAUGGACCAGUAACUUGGUCGACAUCGUCAUGGCUCAUCACUUCAGCACCGACGAGCUGACUGAUAAUCAGGAGCUGAUUCAGACUUACCGCCUGCACAUUGCUCAGGACAUCAACCAGGACAACCUGGCGCUCUUCUGCGGCUCCUACCAGUACCGCCAGGAUCUGGCGAUCGAGCGGCCAAUCGUGGGCCUGAACGAAGACAGCGUCAACACGCUAACGUGCCCUGCUUUGCUGGUGGUGGGUGACACGUCUCCUGCUGUGGAAGCUGUGGUGGAGUGUAAUUCCAGGUUAAACCCCACAAAGACCACUCUGCUGAAGAUGGCCGACUGUGGAGGUUUGCCACAGGUGGUUCAGCCGGGCAAACUCGCCGAGGCCUUCAAGUACUUUGUUCAGGGCAUGGGCUACAUUCCCUACGUUCUUCUCAGUCACCUGAGCAACGAAUCAGUGCCGUCAGCAGGAAUGACUCGACUGGCCCGCUCCCGCACCACGUCCUCCUCCAGCAUCACCUCCAUGGACAGCAGUCGCAGUCGCAACAAUCUCAACAGCCUGCUGGAGGGCGGCGGUGGCGGCGCCCUGGACAGCCAGUCAGGACCCCAAACCAUGGAGGUCUCCUGCUAAACCCCCCACCCUCAUGCCUCUCAAAGUAACUUAUGCCUCCCCCUCCCCUGCCCCCUGCUCCUUAGCAACUCAACAGAUGAAGGUCAUAUUAGAGGAUGUAACAAACAUACUGUAUAAAAUAGUGUCUAUGAUAAUCAAAUAUUCCCUCCAGACUGGCAGAUGUUCUAAACAACCCACCUGCUUGUAUUUAUUUCCUCUCCAUGUUGUUGUUUUUAAUCCACUUUGUUGUGACUCUUUGGGCGGUGAUUCGCCUCUUGGUGUCGUCCACCUUUGAAAUAUUCAUGUCGGCCGAAGCAGCGUCAGCCAGGGCCAUCACAUAUUCAUGCACACCAGCUAUUUUUAAAUGACCGCCUCUUUUGUUGUCACUUGUUUUUGUAACUUCAUCUCUUCGUGUAGAACCAUGGUUUUUUGUUCUCGUGGCGUUUUAAAGUGUCAGACUAGCGCUCUCACCGAUUCAACCACACGACGGAUCAAUAAACUGGAGAAUAAGUAAAA